AUAUAUAUAUAUAUAUCGUGUAACUUAAAUCAGUAGACAGUUGCGAUUCUUCCACAUUCUCGAUUCUCAAAACUUCACUUUUGUUUUUCUUUUAAUGUACCAUGUAUAUAAGUGCAUGCCUCCACCAGUACCACUAGCAACUAUCGAAAAAAGAUAAAUAUUAUACCGGGAUAAAAUUAAAAAAAACUUAUUAAGAAUGCAAAACGCAAAGCACUAUGUGUAAUGAUAAUGUAAAUAAUGAGAGACACAGAUUACAAUAAACGUAUGUAAAAAUAAUUGACUACACAGAAUUAAGAUCCUAGGAAAUUAUUUAUUUGGCAAAGUUGCUCAUUCUUGGGAAGCUAUGCAUAGUACAGAGAUUGAGAUGACUCGCUGCUCUCGAGUUGCUUUGGAGUAUUUCCAAACCAAAAAAACAUGUCUUCGGCGUUCAAUUAUUAUAUCACAGGUACAUCUCAGAUUUUCGAUUGAUUUUAACCAUUUUACAUUUCUAUUUUUACAAACGGUACACGAACCGUGAUCAGAUAUCCGUCAUGGCAAAAUUAUCAGGAGCUGUUUGCGACACUCGUUGCCAGCUGUUUUACAACGAAAUAGCAAAAAAUGAAAAUUCUCUUAGAAUGAAAUGGUUCAUAAAGAACCGUCAGAGACUCUUAGACAAUCUAGGAAGUCAGAAGCUCGUUAGCAAAGCGCAAAUACUGAUCGCUGAGAAUGAAGAGAAACGACGUCAGUUUUAUCGUGAACAACGAGCUAACACGCAGGUAACUUCAAAGUUACCGGAAUGGCGACCACCUAAUUUUGACGAAUCUGUCAAUCUCGAUCCUAUGCGACCUGUUGAUCCAGUCACAAAAUCAAUUAUUUAUGAACGUAACGUCCAAAGUUUUAUAACUGGAAAUAAUUAUCUUCAAAAAAGAUUUGAAGAGACGCCAGAAGAUCGAUAUUAUUUUCCUGAUUGUACAAGUUGGACUUAUGGAUGGAGAAUGAAGGAUUAUCCACCUGUUCCGGCAACUAAAGUUGGUAUACGAUCUCUUAUGCAAGCUACUUUUUAUCGACGAAACGCAUCAAGUCUUCAACGAGAUCCUGAUUGGUAUCGUAACUGUCAGACAGGGAAUGCAAAAAAUUUCAAUGAAUUUCCAUCAUAAUAAUUCACAUCACUGUUACGAAAAUUAAUGAUUUUCUCAGUAAUAAAUAUUGUCUAUUUCUUUUUUACUUACUACUCGAAUUAAUAUAGUGCUUGGCCACUUUUCGGA